AUGGAACCUACACUGGGAAGAUUUGAGAUGGAGAAAUUUACCGGGAAAGAGGAUUUCGGGAUGUGGAAAUAUAAGCUGCUUGGAAGAAGGAGCAUCACCAAGGAAAGAUCAAAGAAAGCAGCACAGGAUCUAAGAGUGAGAAACUUACUUGGUACUUGCCUCAGUGAUGUGAUUUUGAGGAAAGUGAUGGAUUCGCCAACAUCUCGAGAUAUGUGGCUUGCCCUGGAAGAAGAGUAUCAGGCAAAAUCAUUACCAAAUCGGAUUUAUCUCAAGCAACAGUUUGCUAGCUUCCGCAUGGAUGAGAAUAAGAAUUUGGAAGAUAACCUGGAUACGUUUCUGAAGCUUAUAGCCGAUCUUGCCAGUUUGAAGAUUACCAUCAGUGAUGAAGACCAGGCCAUUCAACUCCUCACGAGUCUGCCUCCAGCGUAUGAGCAGCUAGUUCAUACUCUUAAGUAUGGAACUGGGAAGAAACUCUCAGUUAGAGAGGUUAAAAUCAUCUGCAUACGCAAAAGAAGCAGAGCUUAG